AUGGUCCAGAGAUUCCCAUCUAAUAUCACUGUUUCCGCAAUUCCUCUUCCUCGAGUGGUUGAAGUUGCUAAGGAUGUUGGUGGUAGAGUUUACUUACUAGGCUCAGAAGGAAAAUUUUUAAACAUUCUGGCCAAAGUUCUAAGGUUCAAAUACAACGUUAAUGUACCUCCUGAUAGAGAGUGGGGACGACAGACCAAAGAUGGUAACUGGACUGGUAUGAUAGGACAAGUGUUUAGAGGCGAAUCAGACUUUACUUUGUGGACUUCCAUCACGGAAGAUCGAACAAAAGCCGUCGAUUUCAGCGAGCCGUAUGGUACGUAUGAAUUAACGUAUGUUACUACUUUACCCGGAUAUUUACCCAAAGACUAUGCUUUCAUUUAUCCUUUCGAUGUUAUUACUUGGUGCAGCAUAGUACUUCUUAUUUUUGUAGUCCCACUUUUGUUUUGGCUACUAUCUUCUUCUGGUCCAUCCUACUUCGAACGUCUGUUGUAUCUCUUUGGAACACUAAUGCACCAAUCUUUAAAUGAUGAACAUUUUUAUCAAAGAACUCUUCUGGGAUUUUGGUGGAUCGCAUCAUUAGUUCUGUCAGUGAGCUACUCCGGUGCCCUUUCAUCAUUUUUAAGUAUGCCUUUAAGAGAAACUCCAAUUAGAGACUUCCAUGAAUUAGCUGUAGCGGUCACCAGAGGGCAGUACAGAUGCCUUGAUGUGAAAGGAACUGUCUCAAUUCCAGGUUUGCUUGCAACCGGACGAGAGGACCUUGCGCUAUUGGCUAAUACUAUCAAGAAGAAUAAUUGGUACACAACUCUUAAGGAAUCGCAAACAGAAACCCAUUUUGACGGGAAAACAGCACAUUUGGGUAGCCGAAUGUUUCUAUAUUUCAGAUUUGGAAAAGCUCCAUUCACGAGAAUGUACAUUUCUGAAGAUACAGCUUUUUCUUCUGGAAUGGCAUUGGGUGUGAGAAAAGAUUUUUGCUGCAAAGAGGAACUGAAUUCUGUCAUUAUGAAAAUUAAAUAUGCUGGUAUUUAUAACAAAAUUCUGGAAGAUGAAAUGUACAACUCUUGGCUAAAGUACAUUGGUUCAUUAAAAUUCAAGGAAAUUAAUCGUCCAUUAUCUGUUCAAGAUUUAUCAGGUGCGAUAGUUGUUUUUGCUAUUGGCAACGGUUUAUCCAUAGUUAUUUUCAUCACAGAAUAUUGUUGGAAAAAGCAGACGUGA